CUCUGGCGCAUUUACGUGACGUCAUCGCGCAAUUUUAAUGACAUCUCGGAUUCAAAAGCUUGGAAAGCGACGGUGUUUUAGACCAACUCCAACAUGAACUGGGAUCGCCAGUUGAGCUCCAUUCUGUCAGCAGCAGAUGACAGUGUGGCCAAAAUGAGGGAGAGACUAACCGUACUAGGGAACGCCCCCAAAAGGGAAGCAGAGUACUUUCCAUUCACGGACAAGAGUUAUGCUGCAGAUUUUGGCACCACCACCACCACCGUUCCGUCUCUGAGUCCACCACAAGGUCUUCCAUCUUUGCAGUGGGCAGACGUAACCUCCAUACUGUUGCAGCUCCAGACACAGAAGCAGGCGAUUGAGUCUCUCACCAUGAAAGUCGGUGACGUGGAAAGGGAGAAACAAUGUCAACAACGCCACAUACAGACGCUACAAGUGGAGGUGAGCAGGUUGCGUGAAGACCUGAGCCAGAAGAGAAGAGAGACUUAUGACCGUCAAGGAGUGGAUCAAGGGAUGGAGCAGUGGAUUAGAGAUGCAGGUGUGGAUUGGAGCAGCUGGCCCCGACCUACGCCGCUAGACGUCCCCAAGGAGAGUUUGAGCUCCAAGGUGUGCCGAGAGGAUCUGCAACAGCUGCAGAAGGAGGUCGAGCAACUGAAAAUGCGCCUGAGAAGACAAGAGGAGGCCACCAUGCUCCAGGAGAAAGAGGCCAGAGAGACGCGGCGACUGUACCAACAUAACUGCCAGAUGGUCCAGGAGCUGACAGAGCGCUGCAGAACUCACAGCACAGACCUGGCCAACACCACCUCCGACUGUUCCCACACACAGCAGGAGGUCCGCCGUAUCGGCGCCACCGUGUCGGAACUGGAAGGCGAGGUCAGGCGUCUUCGAGAGCGUGACGCUGUGACGCCGGCGCGCACCCCACCCCUCCCGAACUUACCCGCCACCAGGAGCAGGUUCGCAGAUGAAGAGGCGGCGAGGGACUCCGACUUGGAGGACUUGAGCUCGAUUCCGAGCUUGGCUGACAUCAGCUCAGAGGAGCUGUCCCUGCUGGAUGACCUGUCUCCUCAUUACAAACCAGCAGAGCGUCGGAGCGGCGAGUCCCGAGUAAAGAUUGACUUUGCUGGUGACGUCGACGACGGGGACCAGGAUUUCGAAUCUGACCUGAGUCUGACUGACCUCUGACCCUCUUUGCGUGAGGU